GGCGAAAGGAAGAGCACGUAAGAGGCCCACACUUAUGGUGUUUGAUCAAUGGCCUCUUCCAGCCACCGUCUCUGCACUUUCUGACCAAAACCGCGUCUCAUUAUUUCUUUCUGUACGUACCCUUCUCUGCCAUUGAUUGCAGCCAGCUCUCCGCAACUUUGCUUACCUGAUGGAAACUUCCUACUCAUUUACUCUCUUCUUUUUCAUUUCUACAGUGAAGCACUUCUACUAUAAAACCCACCAAUGCUUAGCCAUUUCCGCCUCCCACUUCAGAACAAUUUAUAUUUUCUCACAUCCAUUUCUCAUUACAAUGGCUUCUUCAAGAGUUUGUAUAAUCUUAUUGAUCUCUCUUACAAUUUGCUCUCUGAUGGUUGCAUUUGCUGGGAACUUCAACCAAGAGUUUGACAUCACCUGGGGAGAUGGCCGAGCUAAGAUACUCAGCAAUGGGGAGCUUCUUACACUUAACCUUGACAAAGCUUCUGGGUCGGGAUUUCAAUCCAGGAAUGAGUAUCUGUUUGGGAAGAUUGAUAUGCAGCUCAAGCUUGUUCCUGGCAACUCCGCUGGAACUGUAACUGCUUAUUAUUUAUCUUCUAAAGGGUCAACUUGGGAUGAGAUUGAUUUCGAGUUCUUGGGGAAUUUGAGCAAUGAUCCGUACAUUCUCCACACCAACGUGUUUAGCCAAGGCAAAGGCAAUAGAGAGCAACAAUUUUACCUGUGGUUUGACCCAACUACAGAUUUCCACACCUAUUCCAUCCUCUGGAAUCCUCAACUUAUCAUCUUCUCUGUGGAUGGUACCCCAAUUAGAGAGUUCAAAAACUUGGAGUCCAUUGGUGUUCCAUUCCCAAAGAAUCAACCAAUGAGGAUUUACUCUAGUCUAUGGAAUGCUGAUGAUUGGGCUACAAGGGGUGGUCUUGUAAAGACAAACUGGACUCAAGCUCCUUUCACUGCUUCCUAUAGGAACUUCAAAGCAAAUGCUUGUGUUUGGUCUAGUGGAGCAUCUUCUUGUGGUGCAAAUUCUACAACUUCUGCCUCUAACAGCAAACCUUGGCUUUCAGAUGAACUUGAUUCAACAAGCCAGGAGAGGCUGAAAUGGGUGCAGAAGAAUUAUAUGAUAUAUAAUUACUGCACUGAUUCGAAGAGAUUUCCACAGGGACUUCCUCCUGAAUGCAAUAUGUCUUAGAUCUGUGAUGAACUCAAUAUUGGUUAUGUAUAGGGAAAUUAAUACCUCGGUGUCUUGUGUUAAUGUAUAGAAAGGUGUUCAUGAGAAUGGUUUCAAUAAUUUUUGUUGUAUUUGAGAUUCAUGAAUUUAAAUUCAAAAUAAUGUUAAAUAUUUUGUUUGAUUAAUAGAAAGAAUUUUAAUUUCUAA